AUGCGGUCGAAAAAGUCUAUCGCCUUUGAAAACGCAGUGAAUACCUCGUCUGCCUUGUUGGUACAGGAAAGCGAGAUGCUUAGUCAUAUGAAUGUGGAAGAUCUUCCAAACGAUGGUGUAAAAAUGGUGUUCAUGAAUCCGUCUGGAAACGUGACUGUGAGAAUUCCCAGAGAUUCCCAAACAAAAACAUUAGUGAAGAACGUUGCUACCAAACAAUGGAGAGAAAAGAUUAAUGCACUUUUAAUGCACGAAGAAAUUAAGCCUGAACUAUAUAGGGAAAUCUCCAAGCUAGUGUCGCUCGAGUUUGACGAAUACUUGAAAUCUGGAUGCAUAUUGGAGGCGCGUAAUCCGGACGAGCUCGCUAAAUUCUCGAACAAAAUUUUCAUGAAAGAGGUAAGAAUUUUCUUUCCCCUCUGGUUUGACUGCGUUCGAGGUGCAAGGGGUUUAUCGCAGAAUGCUUUCAAAGAGUGCGUCCCAGAGAUAAACUCCCUUGCUUUAGCGACAGCAACGCUAGUACGCCUAAGAAACGCCAAAGCCUCUGCAGUGCACUACCGAAUUUCAACCAUUAUGUUUCACAGUGGUGUUAAACAUGACGACUUGACACGUUUAAAUCAUUUGGGGGUAUGUAGGUCUCCAGAUUGA